AUGGUAAUAGGAGGUGGGUUUCCUAUGGAUCCUCCAGUCUCUCGUCCCGAUGAAGAAAUGGUGGCAGCCCUGGUGAUGAUUGUAGGUGUCAUGCUCGAAGAAAUAUUAGGAGUAGCAGCGCCUCUGGAUUUGGUAAUAGGAGGUGUCACGCCAGAGGGGACGCCUCUGGCGCUGCUAGUGUUGGUGCUAGAGGAUGUAACACCAUGCGAUGUGUUAACUGUGCUGGAAGGCGGUACAUUUGUGUUAACGGCAGGGAAAUUGGCACCAGGAGUGUUAUCAGCGCCAGUAGCAUCAAGCUCUUCCGACGAGGAUUUCAAAGCUUCUGCAGCCAAAUCGAAAAAUAAUACAAAUCACGCUGAGGGGGAAAAGCCUAACAUUCCCCUUAAUGACCGGAGAGUCACUUAUGCUGAGCUUAUGAAGAGAAAAGCCGAGGAUGAUGAGGCGGACGACCGUCGGCGUAGAAAGGAUCGAACCCGGCGCCGAAUACUAGCGGCUGAGGAAAGACGUCGAUUUGAUGACGGUGUACCUUCCGACUCUGAUGCUUCAGAAGAUGAAUCGGUGUGUGUGCCACGGGAUCGCAAGAUUAAGCCAGAUCUUCGUACCAAAGAACUCAGAGAGAUUGCGAAACGAGUCGAGGACGAGGCGGAAGAGGAAUCAGACGAUCCUAAUAUCCAUCCAGACUUCAUCAAUGGCCCUGAUAGUGACUCCGACGAAGAAGAGGAUUCUGAGAAGGAUAAUGAUGAUGAAUCUGAUAAAUCCGACAACUCGGAUGAAUCUGAUGAGUAUCUUUACUCCUGA